CUCUGCCGCCUCAGUCCUCCAUUCCUUUUGCAAUCGCUGCAAUCCCAUCCGCGGCAUUUUGCGUACGCCUCUAAAAAAGCGACUCUUCUCUCACGUAUGCAGAACUUUACUCCUGCCCGACAGAUCCCGACAAAGGCGUCAAGCAAGACGUGAGCGCCGCCUCGCGCUGUCAGUCUGCCUCAUUUCUCCUCCAGUGCAGUCGGGACUUUUUCCACUUCGCGCGACCGAUCUACACAACGCGCACCGCCGCAAUGUCCGGCUUUCACAUUCCCGGUCUCGGGCAGGCUAAGCCUAACGAAUCCCUGCCGCCUGUUGCCGCCGAUGCCAUGAGUGCGACCGCCGCCGCCGCCAGUGCUGCAUCAGAGGAGCACAUGGCCGACGUCGAACCUUUGACCACGGAACCUCCAGCACCAGCCACGGAGCCUGCACCAAGCUCCGUACAUGAAACUGGCGUGCCGGUCGAAUCGCAAGGCGUAACACUAGACCAUGCCACGACUGAAGACUCAAUGGCGGUUGACAAGGCGGAGAGUCCGUCAUUAACAUCUGCGCUAGAGGCAGCUAUUGGCGGGCUCGGCGAAACGACAUCCGAAAUCACGACAACGACCACGGCGCCAUCGGCAUUGGAGGCCGCCAUUAGUGAACUGGGCGAGACGACAUGCGAAACGGCAAUGUCGACUACUGCGCAGUCACAACCACUGCCGCAAGAGCCAUCAGGCACUACAGAGCUACAAAACGACGAGGGCGAGAACCCUGAAUGGGAAGUCGACUCUUCGCCAUACGAGUCCUCGACCGAUUCAAGCAGUUCAGACUCCUCCGAUGAAGGGGGCUACGAACUCCUUGGCCUCGAAGAAACCGCACGCCUGCUCAUGGACGCGGAGGCUGGGGGGUCCGACGACGAGGGCGAACGCGGACGGCCAGGUAACGCCAAUCAGCUACGCACGAAAAAUGAGCUCGCGGAAGAGGCAAUUCCCCGGCCUGAUGUUACCAUAACCACGGACAUGAGGAUUGAGGAACUAGGUUCGGUGGAGCACAUUGUCGAAAACAUUAUGCUCAUCAAGGCCUUCACUCCAGGCGAAUACCAAGUCCUCGACACUGGCUCCGUGCUCUGCAACGCGGAACGCGUCGUCAUUGGUGCUGUCGCCGAGACCAUUGGCAAGGUUCUUCAGCCCAUGUAUACGGUGCGCUUCAACUCAAAAGACGAGAUCAAGGAGCUAGGAGUUGAGUUGGGUGCCAAGAUUUUCUAUCCCGUCGAUCACGCAUCGUUCGUCUUCACCGAACCGCUAAAGAACACGAAGGGCUCGGACGCGAGUAACAUUCAUGAUGAGGAGGUGGGCGACGAUGAGAUGGAAUUCUCUGACGACGAAAAGGAAGCCGAAUAUAAGCGCUCCAUCAAGCAAAGAAAGAACAAGAACAAGGCUGGUGCCGGAGGCGAUGGAGGCGCGCGGGGCGGCUUCAGAGGGGCUCAUCCGCUGCGACAGGAGGUCAGCGCGUCCUCUGACACGCUCAACUACGAUGAUGAUGAUGGGCCGUACAAGCCGUUGACACGGCCACCGGGUUUCGGCGCUGGAGGUCCCUCGAGCGAGCCGGUCGAGCUACCGCCUCGGCCCGGUCUCCACCGCGGUGGCCGGCGCGGCGACCUCCGUGGCAGAGGCGGCAGGGGAAGAGGUGGGCCUGGACGCGGCGGACGGGGAGGCGGGAACAACCAGGCGAGGGAUGGCUACUCCCAGGCGCCUCAGGGAUACGGGCAGUAUCCCCAACAUGCGCAACAACCACAGCAGCAACCCGCAUGGAGACCUGUUUCACCUCAACCUGGUCAUCAGUCACAGGCGGCGCCGUCUAUGCCGGCCUUUGGCUUCCAGUUUCCAGGCUGGCCACAACCCCAAGGCCAGCAAGGGGUUCCUGCCCCUGGUACACUGCCGCCACCGCCACCGCCACCGCCUCCAGGCUGGCCUGGUCAACAACAACCGCAGCAGCAGCAGCAGCAGCAGGCUGGAGGCGGUGCUUUUGUUAACCCAGCUCUGCUCGCUGCCCUAAUGAGCCAGAUGCAGGCGCAAGGGGGUGGUCAGCAAUGGGGCGGGCAAUACCAGCAUCCGCCUCCGUCUUAGCCGGAUCAAUAGAGGACUACGAAGUACAGCGGUUGAUACCAUCCUGCAGGCACAGUGGCAAUAAGUUUGAAUGACAACUCAUCUAUGAUGAGCUUCUAAAGUCUUGGGAAGGAAAGAGGAGAUCUUAGACAAGGCAGUGUACACAUGCUCAAAGAGAACAUGCCGCAACCUACCGUCAAUGAGUUGGUUAAUAAUCCAACAAUAUCGUCAAAGCUCA